CUUCCGGGCGGCGUCAGGUGUGUGUCAGGCGCUCGUGACGGGGCUCCCCCUCCGCGCGCCCUGUGAGCUCGCCAGUUCUCGCGGGGCCCCGCCGAGUGCCGGGCCUGUGCGCAGACUCAGCUCCCUGCGGGGCGGAACCGAAGCCGCGGUCCCCGAGCCGCCCGCCCCCGCAUCGGUCCUGAGACCCGGGCCCGGAGGGCGGCCUGGGCCCCGCGUCAGGGUCCUGCCCGCGGCCGGCGGGGAGCCGGGGGAGGCCCUGCCGCCGCUGUCCGCGCAUCUUCUCCGGGGCCGUGAGCCGUGUCCGCACAGCGCCCGGUGGGGGAGGAGCCCGAGCAGCCCGAGGCCGAGGCGGAGAUGGCGGCCGCCCAGGAGCUGUUGACCUUCGGGGACGUGGCCGUCCGGUUCUCCCAGGAGGAGUGGGAAUGCCUGGCGCCCGCCCAGCGGGCCUUGUACAGGAGCGUGAUGCAGGAGAACUACAGCAACCUGGUCUCUGUGGGAGCUGUUGACCUUCGGGGAUGUGGCCGUCCGGUUCUCACAGGAGGAGUGGGAAUGCCUGGCGCCUGCCCAGCGGGCCUUGUACAGGAGCGUGAUGCAGGAGAACUACAGCAACCUGGUCUCUGUGGAUCUAGAGUGAGUGUCCUGCAGUCGGACCUGGUCUUCGUCACCCACACAGCCUCUCUUCAUCUUUUCCAACAAUUUCUUCUCAUUACAAAAAAGGAUUGUUAUCCCAGGAAGCAAUAACAGACUCAUUCCAAAAAGUGACCCUGGAAAGAUCCGGGAGCUGUGACCAGAGACAUUUACACCGGAGGACACACGGGGACAGUGAGGAGGAGUGUGAAGGGCAGGGCGGCUGUCAUGGAGGAGUGCAGGUUCAUGGCAGGGCCUCCCGUGACGGACCCCUCCGUGAGGGUGGUCAUCAGGACAUGUCGGGGAGCAAAGCCCAACUUAAGUCAAUUACUAUUGCUGAACAUUGUGUUACUGUGCAUAAAUGUCAUCGACCAGUUUUGAAACAUAACUUUUCUCAGAAAGAAAAUUUGGAAAAUUUUAAAGUUGAGCAAGGCCAUGUUUCAAACAAUAACUUCAAUCAUUUUAAAUACAGCCAUGCACUAGAUAUUCAGUCACAUAAUUUUGAACCCCAAAGAUACAAUGAUGAGAAAAUGUGUCAGUAUAUUGAAAUGGAAAAUUCUUUGAUGAAGGAUUCAUUAUUCUUCCAUGAACAGGUAAUUCCCAUUCAAUCUAAAGCGUACAGUUUUGAUAACUAUCAGAGAGACUCUACCCACCCACCAUUGCUUAAUGAAUGUCGGUAUAUAGAGAAUGAGGAAGAACCUUGCAUGUAUAGUAAAAGUAAGCAGGCUGUCAGGAAGGGCUCUCUAUUAAAUAAUUGCCAAGGUAUGUACAUUCUAGAGCCAGGACACCAAUGUAUGGAACCUGGAAUGACCUGUAACAGAGGAUCAAGCCAUAGAGAACAUCAGAGAAACGAGAUUCCAGAAAACCAUUCCCCAUGUGACAAAUGGGGACAAGCCUUCAAGGACUGUGUCCAAACUUGUGAACAUUUCACAAAAGUGAUUAAACAUCACAGAAUUCACACUGAUGAGAAAGCUUGCAAAUGUAAAGUAUAUGGGAAUGCCUUUAGUGAAUCUUCUCUUCUAAAUAGUCAUGAGAGUAUCCCUUCUGGAAAGCAACCAAUCCAAUGUGAAUUAUGCAGUAAAUCACUCACUAAUUCCUCAAUUCUUACUGGCAUUGACAGAAUUCAUACAGUAGAGAAGCCUUACAAAUGUAAAAUAUGUUGCAAAGCCUUUAACUGGCACUCAAGUGUUAUUAAACAUCAGAGGAUUCAUUCUGGACAGAAACCUUACAGAUGUAAAGAAUGCAGCAAGUCCUUUACUUAUUCCUCAAGUCUCACUGUGCACCAAAAAGUUCAUACCGGAGAGAAACCUUACAAGUGUAAAGAAUGUGGCAAAGCCUAUAAGCAGGGUUCGCACCUUAAUCAACAUAAGAGAAUUCAUUCUGGACAGAAACUUUUCAAAUGUGAAGAAUGCAGCAAGUCUUUUUAUUAUUCCUCAAGUCUUCAUGUGCACCAAAAAGUUCAUACAGGAGAGAAACCUUACAAGUGUAAGGAAUGUGGCAAAUCCUUUACUUAUUCUGCAAGUUACAAUGUGCAUGAGAGAAUCCAUACUGGAGAGCAUCCCUACAAGUGUAAAGAAUGUGGCAGAUUCUUUAAGUGGAGGUCACAGUUUACUAGACAUCAGAGAAUUCAUUCUGUACAUGUACCUUACAAGUGUAAAUAAUGCAGCAAAUCCUUUACUUGUUCCUCAUACCUUACUGUGCACCAAAAAUCUCAUAUCUGAAAAAACGUUAGAAGUGUAAAGAAUACAGCAAAUCAUUUUCUUAUUGCUCCAGUUCGUUUGCAUGUGAAGAUUCAUAGUGGAAAGAAGCCUUAUAUUAGAAGGAAUGUGGAAUAAUCCUCUCAUUGGUCCCCACAUAUUAAAUGAAAUCAGAGAAUUCAUUCUGUAGAGAAACCUUACAGGUGUAAAUUAUGAAGCAAGUCUUUUAAUUUCUUCCACAAGACUUACAAUUUCUUCCCAAAGUCUUACUGUGCACCAGAGAAUUAAUACAGGAGAGAAACCUUAGAAAUGUAAAGAAUGUGGCAAAAGGUGUAGUUAUUCCUCAAGGCUAAAUGUGCAUGAGAGAAUGCAUACUGGAGAGAAUCCUUACAAGUGUAGUGACUGUGGCAAAUUCUUUACUUGUUCCUCAAGUCAGAGUGCAUGAGAGAGUUCAUAGUGGAGGGAAGCCUUACAAGUGUAAGGAAUGUGGCAAAGCCUUUAAAUGGGGCUUUCAACUUGCUGAACAUAAGAUAAUUCUUUCUGGACAGAAACCUUAUAAAUGCACAGAAUACAGCAAGUUCUUUAAUUGUUCUCAGGUCUAUCUGUGCAUCACAAAAUUUAUACAGGAGAGGAGACUUAAAGGUUGAGAAAUAUCACACAUGCUUUAAGUGGGGCUCACAACUUACUAAACAUCAGAUAAUUCAUUCUGGAUAGAGACCUUACAAGUGUGAAGAGUGCAGUAGGUCCUUCUUCCUCAAGUCUUACUGUGCACGAGAGAAUUCAUACUGGAGAGAAACCUUAAAAGUGUGAGGAAUGUGGAAAAGGCUUUAAGCACGACUCACACCGUAAUCAACAUCAGAGAUUUCAUUCUGGACAGAAACCUUUCAGAUGUGAACAAUGCAACUAUUCCUUUACAUCUUCCUCAAGUCUUACUGUGCACCAGAGACUACAUACAGGAGAGAAGCCUUACAAGUGUAAAGAAUGUGGGAAAUCCUUCACUUAUUCUUCCAGUCUUACUGUGUAUGAAAGAAUUCAUACUGGAGAGAAGCCUUACAAGUGUAAGGAAUGUGGAAAACCCUCUUGGUGGUCCUCAUGCCUUAAGAAGCACUGGAUAAUUCAUUCAAGACAGAAACCUUACAAGUGUAAAGAAUGCAGCAAGUCUUUAUGUCUUCCUCAGGUCUUAAUGUUCGUGAGUGAAUUCAUACUGGAGAGAAACUUUACGGUUGUAAAGAAUGUGGCAAAGCCUUUAAGCAGGGCUCUCCCCUUAACAUCAGAGAAUUCAUUGUGGAGAGAAACCAUACAAAUAUAAUGAAUGUGGCAAAUCCUUUACUUGUUCCUCAACUCUUAGAGUGCAUGAGAAAGUUUGUAGUAGAGAGAACCUUACAAGUAUAAAGAAUGUGGAAAAGUCUUCAGUAAUUCAUCAAUUAUAAAUAGAAGAAUAUUCAUACUGGAGUGAAAUAUUACAAGUGUAAGGAAUGUAACAAGGCAUUUAUCCAGUCCUCAGUCCUUAAUAAAUGUCAGAAAAUUCAUUCAAGACAGAAACCUUACAAACGUGAAGAAUGCAGCAAUUGUUUUCAUGUCCCCAAGAAGUUAGUCUUCAUCAGAGAAUUCAUACGGAGAGACACCUUACAAAUAUAAAGAAUGUGGCAAAGCCUUUAAGCUGUUCUCAAGCCUUACUGCACACCAGGAAACAUACUAGAGAGAAACUUGAUUUUUACACAGAUGUAGGAUGGAAUUUCGUGUAAACUAUACAUGUAGGGAGCAUGAAAGCUUUCAGACAAAGGGAGAAGAAUCUAAAAACUGUGGCAAAGCUGUCAACUGUUUCUCACAUACUGUACAAAUGCAAAUUCAUAGUAGAGAGAAAACAUACCAACAUGGUUAAUACGGAUAUAACAUUGCCCAAGAAAUUCACCUUAAAAACAUGACAGUAUUCAUAAUGGAGAGACACUACAGGUGUAAGACACUGUCGGAAAGUAUUUAAGUCAAAAUGUAAAGUAGCCAGGAAUGAAUUACAUAAGGAAGCUCUAAGGCACCAAAUUUUGUAGAGGUUACUCUUACAGUAUUAUAAAAAUGAUUUCAAAUAAACAGGGAUAAGAUAAUUGACUUGGUAAUUCGUGUUGGUCUGAAAGGGAUGUAUUUUCGAUGAUAUAGUGUCCUCCACCUCCCCAGUCCGGAUGCCAUUCUCAAGUCCCAGGCAGUUAGCUGUGCUUCUGACCUACCAGCUACUGAUUAGACAUUCCCAUGACCCCCUUGGUUUUGCCUAAUUUUCUAGAAUAACUCACAAAGCUUUGGAAAACACAGUUACCAGUUUAAAGGAUACAACCCAGAUGAGGUGAUACACAGGCAAUUUCUCCAAGAGCUUCCUUCCGUGUGGAGGUUGGCACCUGGCUCAGUGGCUCAUCAAGGCAUUCUGAUUCCACACACAGAUCUGUUCAGGGGCUUUUGUUAGGGCUUCAUUCCAUAGCAUAGCUGAGUGAGUUGUGUAUUGGCUCGUUCAUCUUCCAGCCCCCACCAUUGGGUGGUGGUCCAAAUGACUCAUUAAGGUGACAGGCCACCCAUUUCACCUUUAAGACUACAGUGUUUUCAGGAAAUGUGGAUGAAGACCAAAUAUAUCUGGGGAAUAUAUAUUCAUUUGAAUGACCACAUAAUUCCUAUGAUAUCACUCACACUGCCCCUUGAUGUUCAAAAACAAAUUCCUUAUAGCAAAGUGGUCACACCUGUCGGAGCACUUCCUUCUGGCAGAGCAUUUACACAACAGAAAAUUUAAAAAUGCAAAUUGAGCUAACACUUCAUGAAGCCAUUGUGUAGUGCAGACAUUUAAAGAGACAUGUCAUUUGUCCUGUAAAUCCUUACAGCCAGAGUUUGUACCACAUCGAUGUAACUGGCUUGCAGGCUGUCACUCAACUUGUCAUGUUCGAAAAGCAGAGCUGGUCUCUGCAAACAAAUCCUCACCCUUCUGGGCAUCUGGUUUGCUUUUGCUAAGACAUAUUCUCUUGCUCUGAUCCUCUCUUAAGGCAUUAAUAAAAUACUGAAUUUCCCUUGUUG